AUGACUUUAACGAUAUCACGAUUGUUACGCUUAAAUCACACUUCGGAUUAUGGUACCAUCAAUGUGCUACGUGAAUUCCAAACAUUCGGAGGACUUUGUAAGAAUAAUCGACGACCAAAAAUAGACAUUGGUGUUGAGAUACCUGAUGAUGGCUUACCGAAAGAUUAUCGAUUACAAGUUUUCAAGGUGAGCAGUCGACGACUUGAUUCGAUUGUUUCUAGAGCAGUUGGUCAAGGACGAGGACAAGCUGAAAAGUUGAUUUUAACAGGUAAAGUGCAAAUAAACGAGGAAGAUAUACCGAAAAAAGCGGCUUAUUAUGUACAACAGAACGACAUAAUUGAUAUCUGGAAGCAACCGGUGGAGGGUAACACUAAAUUUGCUGAAGUUCAUAGAAUCGAAAUAAUCAAUUAUGUUCUAACUGAUCAAGGCUAUGAUAUCAACCUAAAAUCAUGGAAAGACUUCUAUGUACAAAAUUGGCGUGAUAAAAACUAA